AUACACAACGUCACGCUCCAUGUAUUGUUUGUUGUUUAUGUGUACCAUCCUCUUGCUGGGGCUUGUAUCAAUUCUAUGCAGCAGUUCUGUAUUUGAUGGGAUUGAGGGUUGGCUUGAUUUUCAUCUGUUCGCCGCUUUGAUCGCACCAACAUCCCAGAGGAUGUCUGGAUCACUUUACGGGGCAGGGACAAUGCUGCUCGCGCAAAUAUGAUCCUCCCGCACGCCGAGAAGGUUUCCAGUCACCCAGAGUUCCAGCCCGGUUCCGAGCAGUUUUGGCUGGUCUACUCGGAGCCUACAACUUCCAACAUCAGAUUCAUACUAUCCUGCACGGAGGGACCAUUGGGCACAUACCCCCUUUUCAUUAUUCCAGUAUCCCCCAUUGAACUGAGCCUGGAACUCCUCCAAGGUUCCAUGGAGGCAUUCUGCGAUGCGCUUCUGAAAGAUGUUGACUUUAAAAGGCAGAGGGUCUUCUCUGUCUUUUCUGUUGAACCAGUUGCCGAAGCUUUCGCUAGCGCAUGGGAGAAAAUCGCAGAGGUCAAACGCAUCAAUAAACCGUACUAUGAUGCAUUUUUUUUCGAUUUGUACUCCUGAGACGUUCAAGGUCUGCGACAACCCUCCAUCAGUGGAUGAAGUCAUCGAGCUACGUCUUGCGGUAUCACAGGAUGCCGACAAAUUGAUAAAUUGUGUGAAGAAUUUUCCGAUACUUCGGUAGGUCUG